UAAUAAACGAGCCACGCUCAAACCUAGUAUAUUCGGCUCAGCGCGACUUAUUUAUACCACUAUUUUCGACCGCAACAUAGCCGCGGCCACUUUUCCUAGUUCGAAUUGAUUCCUCGACAGUCGACAGUUUUGAUUCUGAAUGAUUCGAUUCACCUUCAUGUGUCUGUUUGCCCUUCUGACUCAGCUCUUGUUCCACUCUCAGAAGUCAGAAGCUCUCUCAAGAUCAGAUCUUGAAGCUCCCAGGCAUGAAGUCACUGAGCUUGAGAACCCUCUUUUCCACCUUGACGAAGACUUAUUUCCCCGUCGGAGCUCAUUCGAAGUUUCGUCCGCCGCUCAGGUUUGGCCUAUCCAUCUCGGGGAUCCCGACCGAUGAGGAGGCGGUCCGGGAGGAGGAUGACAGCCCGAGGCCCGCCUUCGACUUCAAGGCCUACUUGGCGGGAAAGCUGGCAUCGGUGAACGAGGCCCUGGACGGGGCGGUCCCCCUGCGGGAUCCGCUCAGGAUCCACGAGGCGAUGCGAUACUCCCUGCUCGCGGGCGGGAAGCGGGUCUGCCCCAUCUUCUGCAUUGCUGCCUGCGAGAUCGUGGGCGGGGCCCAGCCCGUGGCGAUGCCUGCCGCCUGCUCCCUCGAGAUGAUCCACACUAUGUCCCUCAUCCACGACGACCUCCCCUGUAUGGACAACGAUGACCUGCGUCGUGGUAAGCCCACCAACCACAAGGUAUACGGGGAAGCUAUUGCGGUUUUGGCUGGUGAUGCCCUUUUAGCACUGGCAUUUGAGCAGAUCGCCGUCAAGACAGAAGGUGUGCCCCCAGCACGGAUUGUCCGAGCAAUCGGAGAACUCGCGAGAUUGAUUGGAGCAGAGGGCGUCGUAGCUGGCCAAGUGGCAGAUGUAAGCUCCGAGGGGAUGUCCAAUGUAGGCUUGAAGGAGCUUGAGUUCAUCCACUUAAAGAAGACCGCAGCCCUUCUUGAGGCCUCCGUCGUGCUCGGGGCGAUCAUGGGAGGUGGGUCCAACGAUGAGGUUGAGAAAUUGAGGAGCUUCGCCCGGAGCACCGGGUUGCUGUUCCAGGUGGUGGAUGAUAUAUUGGACGUGACAAAGUCGUCCCAGGAGCUUGGAAAAACUGCAGGGAAGGACUUAGUGGCUGGCAAGGUCACCUUCCCGAAAUUGUUGGGGAUCGAGAAGUCGAGGGAGUUUGCCAAGGAGUUGAAUCAGAACGCCCAAGGACAGUUGGCGGGGUUCGAUCCUAAAAAGGCAGCUCCACUGGUCGCUCUAGCAGAUUACGUUGCCAGCAGGCAAAGCUGACUGUCUUAUACAAAUGAGUUGUUGGUGGUGUCGUUUCAAAGAGAUCCACUGUGGAUGACCAAGAAACGAUUUGGAAAAGAAGGGAAGACGCAUCGCGGGAGUGAUCAAUCGCAUGGAUUUGAGUUCGAGUCCUCUGUAGGUCGGCCUUGGCCAUUGAUUUCACCGGAAACAAGCAGUGGUGCUGAUUACACUGUCUAGUGUAGCCGCUUUGUCAAUUCAUUGUUUGCAGUAUUGUUCUUCACAAACCAUUGUAGGCGGCAUCUUAUGUAUGAUCAAAUCAUGUUGCCACCGUAACAGUCACAAGACUGGCGGACGAACUAACCACCGUUUUACGUCGGUCUCCAUGUUUCCUCCUCGGGAUUUUGAAGCGCGUUAUUCAUUUAAUAUGAUCAUGCAAAA